ACAGUAGACAAUUUCAAGGUAGAAUACGAUUCUAACCGUUUUUUUUUCGCGUCGACAUCAUUCGGGUUACGUUUACAGCAGUUUCAUAUUUAUUUUGUAGCAUAAACAAAGAAAACAAAUCUAACAAUGAGUUGUAUAAAAUUUCCAAGUUCUAAAGCUGAUUUACUAAAGUCAUCAAAUAAAGAAAAUAUAAUGAAUUACAAUACAGUCAAUUCACAAUUAAUAAAAUUAGCUAAUGAAGUAUUUGGAGAAGAUAAUUGGAGUCACUCAGUUAGCCAUCAAUCACUGGACUAUGUUGAUUAUGUGGCUGGUAAAUAUCAAGCAGGCUGUUCUUCCAUAGUUAGAGUCCAAUUACAAAGUGGAAAUUUUCACGAAGAUGUAGGGUAUAGCUGUACAGAGAGUUCAUCAAAAGGAUCAGCUAUACACAAAGCAAGAAUGGGUUCAUGUAAUAUUGCUCUCAAAAGAGCUCUGAUGUGCUUUGGAAAAGAUAUCAAAAAUAAAAUUAAUAAAUUACCAAGUCAGCAAUGUAGUCCUAUGCAGAUUGAAAAAUACAUUAAACAGAUUGAUCCACCUCAAAACCUUCUAUUAGAAGACAAUGUUCAAUCAAAUACAUUUGAAGAUUGCAUUCCAUUGUCACAAGCUGAGGCAUUAAUGGAUGCUGCAGCCUUUGAUCAAAUAUUUGAUAAAGAUCAAAAUUCAAAUAAUCUUGAUCUAGUAAAAUCAGACAAAAGUAAGGAAAAUUCUAUAAGCAAUGGAAUUAACGAAGAACUUCGAGUAGGUGUUUCUGAGCCAAUUACAUCUACAGCCAGUGUAGUGCACAAGGAAAAAGUAAACAUUAACAAUGGUGUAAAGACAGAUAUAAAAACUGAAGAAUCAAAACUUGUUAUUUCUACAGUGAUGACAGAAGAAGAAAUGAGACUGGAUCGAAAGAGGAGGCAACGAGAAAUGCAAGAAGAAUUCAAAAGAAAACAGGAGUCUAAGAAGAAGAAGGAAGACAAUGGGAAUAAGCCAACACCAAAUUCACGUUAUUAAUAGUCUGAUACACAUCCCUUGUAUUAUAUUUAUUUAUAUUCUGUGUUUUUAUUGUGCUACUGUAGCAUAUCUAUAUAUAUAUAGUUUUUAUAGAAAUAUUUAUUUAGUCUAGAUUAAAAAACAGCUUCAUGUGUAUGUAAAUAAUAAUUAAAAACAAGUAAUAUAGGUUUAUUCUAAGUGACGCUUUUAUUGUUUUUUU